UAUCGGUGCAUGCAAACUGCCACCUCCUACAUCAUCGUUUCCGCUCACGCCGAAAGCGUCUAGUUUCCUUCGACAUUCGAUUGUUGUGAGCUUCGCCUCGGCACGCAUGGCAACGUAUUGAUGGGGGAAAAUGCUGUCAGCGUCGCCGCCAGUUGCGCCGCCCACGCGCGCGUCUCCGUCCAAACGCCCAGCACCGCACGAUGACCAGCGGCCCAGGCCGAAACCACGCGUAAAUGGGGGCUUCCUGAUCGAGGGUGAUGACUCGGAGGACGACGAUGACUCCCAGAACCAAGUGCACGUGGCAAAAAGGCGCAUGCUGCACCAUGACGGCGCAAGCCGUUUGCAAGCGGACAGCGCCGAAGCAGCCCCCCCCGCGACGGACACCCAUGGAAGCGCCGACAUUCACGACGUUAACAACGCCGACACAGAGAGCGCUGUCCAUGUCCCGCCGCCAGCUUCUCAAUCUCUUUUCUCCCUCUUGUCGCAUGGACAAGCACUCCUGCCUAUGUCGGUCUUGAACAACAUCAACCCCAUCGCGUACAGCGCUAGGUCUCACGACGGCAAAACGGCGACAAUCAGACAGAGAAAGGCGACCGCGCCGGCAUCCUACGAGUCAAUCGUUGCCGCACGAUCGAGAACCAAGGAAGGGAGAGCAAAGCGCAGCUACUAUGGCAUCGACAUCCACGAACUUAUCGAUUCUGCCUCCAAGGAGCUGUCCGCCAAGCAACAUCCUAGACCGGCAGAGCCGAAUGUCCCCAUCACAUCUUUGGAACAGCCUUCAGUCACGGGAAGGAAAUCGAGAAAAGCGUUACUGUGGACCGAGAAGUAUCGCGCUCGAAACUUCAUGGAUCUCUGUGGCGACGACGGGACGAAUCGCAUGGUCUUGCGUUGGCUGAAGCGGUGGGAUCCCGUCGUCUUCCCGGGUGCUGCGAAGCCCAAGGCGGUCAUAGCGAGGCGCCCCGGCAUGAACAGUCAAACAGAGGAAGAGAAACCGCACCGCAAGAUACUGAUGCUCACGGGCCCGCCCGGGCUGGGGAAGACCACACUGGCCCACGUCUGCGCGAAACAGGCUGGCUACGAGGUGCUCGAGGUCAACGCCAGUGAUGACCGCAGCCGCGAUGUCGUCAAGAACCGCAUUCGCACCAGCCUGGGAACCGAAAACGUGAAGACAGUCGCCAACACUAAGAGUGGAAAGGGACCGCCAAAGGUUGCCAAGCCGGUCUGUGUCGUUGUUGAUGAGGUUGAUGGCGCUACAGCUGGAGCUGGAGCGUCCGGAGAAGGCGGGUUUGUCAAGGCACUGAUCGACCUCGUGCUUGUUGACCAGAAGAACGCAUCAACAGUCAAAGAUUCGACCGCACACCUGCACGGAAAGAAAAGGAAAGGAGACGACUUUCGGCUGCUGCGGCCCUUGAUUCUCAUCUGCAACGAUGUCUACCACCCGUCCCUGCGACCCUUGCGUCAGUCAAAUCUGGCCGAAAUCAUCCACGUCGGCCGACCGUCGAUGGAGGCAGUUGUCGGCCGGCUGAAAUCUGUAUUUGAAAAGGAAGGCAUACCCUGCGAAAAAGAUGCUGCCAGAAAGCUAUGCGAGGCGGCAUGGGGCAUGACGACGGGCAUCGACGCCAAGCGCGGUGCGGAGAGCACCGUGGAGGGCGAUCUUCGUGGGGUCAUGGUCGUGGGCGAGUGGGUUGCUGGUCGCUUCAGGUCGUCGGCCCUGGGGAGCGAGCGCCUGUUGUCGAGACAGUGGAUCGAGCGCAACGUCCUACACGACUUGGCCAGCAGCGCGGCUGGGGCCCGAGGUCUCGGCCGAGGCAGUGUCAGGGAGAUUGUCAACCGGCUCUUUCAAGAAGGAGGUGGCUUUCCAAAGCAAGCCAUGGAUCUGUCCCAAUCCAAAACCAAGCACGAGCAGCCCAAGACGGAGCUCGGCUUCGGCGAGCAGCAGAAGAAGCAUUCGAUGGAACGCCUGCGCCAGAUGGUCGACACGAGCGGCGAGAUCGGCACCAUCAUGACAGACAUCUUUGCCGAGUACCCGAAUCGCGAGUACAACGACGACAUUUACCUAGCCAAGCCCAACGAAGCGUACGACUGGCUUCACUUCCACGACAUGUGUCAGUCCCGCCUGUACGCCAGCCAGGAGUGGGAGCUGGCCCCAUACCUCAGCCAACCCAUCCUCGCCUGCCACCACCUCUUCGCCUCGCCCAAGAAACACGUUGCCGUCCUCGAGAAGCGCUGGGGCGCCGACGCCGAGGAGGACGCGGGGCCACCGGCUCCUUUCUCGGGCCCGCGUGCCAACUACCAGGCCCGCGAGGCGGAGAAGCAGACCCGCGCUGAGCUACAGGCGAUGCAGGCGCAGCUCAGCCCGUCACUGACGCGGUCGUUCCGCAGCGCCGAGGAUAUGGCUGUCGAGUUCCUGCCCUACCUGGUGCGCAUGGUGUCUCCCGACGUCAAACCCGUCGUCGUCGGCGGCAGCCAGGGGACCACGGCGAGCGUGCGCAAGGAGAGCGAGCGCGAGAUGGUGCGUCGGGCCGCCGAGGUGCUUGCCGAGGUGGGCGUCACGCUGCUCAAGGGGAAAAUAGAAGGCGACUCUGUUCCCAGCCGGGGGCCGCAGUACGUCUACCGCAUGGACCCUGAUCUCGAAGCCCUGUCCACGUUUGAGUCAGGCGCAUCUCUCCUUCUGUCAUCGCAGGCGCCGACCCGCUACGCUGUGCGGCAGGUGCUCGACCAAGAGCUCCGGCGAACGAUUGCCCUUCGCGAAACUACCGCCCGGCAGGCUCGCUUCCGCGCUGGCGACUCUGCUGCUGCUGCCGCCGGCGCCGCGUCCGUGCUGCCGUCCGCCCACCCCUUGGCGGCCGCGUCGGCCCUCCGGCUGCAGGACAAUAAUUGCAACAACAACAAGGAGAACCUGUGCGCCGGCGGCGGGGUGGCGCACAAGAUGGGGAGCCACGACCCGGCGGCGGCAGCGGUGGUCAAGCGCGACUUCUUCGGACGCGUCGUCGAGGUGAAGCCGCUGGCCGAGCUGGACGGCAACAGCGCCGAGAGGCGGGCCAAGCGCGAGGAGCGCAAGGUGUGGGUGACGUUUCACGAGGGGCUGAACAAUGCGGUGCGCAAGCCCAUCUCGCUGCAGGAGUUUAUGCGUGCGCUCUGAGGGAGAGCAAUGCGCGUAGCAGACGACGCCUUGUUGCUGUCGCAGAAGGAGUGUGUGUGUAUGGGGGGGGGGGGGGGGGGG